AGUCCACCGUGGGAGCGGCGGAGCAGCAGCGGCCCUGGCUUCGGUGCAGACGCUCGGCAGCCCGCACGCCGCCGCCCAGACACCCCCAGCAUCUUCUUCCCCAGCCCUGCGCUCCUGCCCCACUCACGCUGCACUUGUACCCCUGCGCGGCCGGCCGCGCUCAGCCCAGCAGCUCGCCCGGCUGACGCCCAGGAGACCUCCUGCCUCAGCCGUCGCUCCUACAGGGCCCCCGCCUGCCUGAGGACGGGGUGCCUUCAUGCAGCCCCACACCCCUCACCCGCCGUCACCGCCGCCACCCCAGAGCUCCGCGCGCUGCGCUCCAGCCCCAGCCGGGCACGCAACUUUGGAAGUCCCGCGGCGCUCCGAGAGGCGGCAGAAUCCGCACCCUGGCUGGGGCCGGCAGGCACCGCUGCGUCUAGGGGAAGCGAGAGAGUCGGUAAUCGCUUCGGGGAUGUAAGGAGACGGACAUAGGACCCCAGUCCCGCAUCAGCACCCCUCGGCUGCCUCCUGGGGUGGGGGCGGGCACCGCACACGGUAAGACUUCUUGCUUUCGCUCAGGCUCAAGAGUCAAGAUAGAGAUAUAGAUAUAUUUUAAUUUCCUGUCAUCCUUCCAAGUCAUCAGGCCACCGAUGAUCUUUUGAUCUCCCUUGAAGAAAUCUCUUUCCCCAUCGGCUGGACCUACUCUCUCCCGCCCCUUAGAAAUAAAACUUGUCCGUGCUUAGGAUCUGGGAGCGAGAAGGCGCCCACCCCGAGUGCCCGAGGCGCGGGCCGGGCGCCGUUAGCGGGAGCCGGGCCCAUGGGCCGCUAGCGGCCCCCAGCUCGGGCCCGGCCUCGCUGCAGCCCCCUCUCCAUGUGAGGCGCGGCGGGGCGAGAGGGGCGAGCGGGGCGCGGGAGGAGGAGGAGGACUCACGGCGCCGGGCCGGAAGGCAGCUGGCAGCAGGCCCAGGCGAGCGGGCACCGCGUUCAUGUUCCGCCAGGAGCAGCCGCUGGCUGAGGGCAGCUUCGCGCCCAUGGGCUCCCUGCAGCCGGACGCGGGCAACGCGAGCUGGAACGGGACUGAGGCGCCGGGGGGCGGCGCCCGGGCCACCCCAUACUCCCUGCAGGUGACGCUGACGCUGGUGUGCUUGGCCGGCCUGCUCAUGCUGCUCACCGUGUUUGGCAACGUGCUGGUCAUCAUCGCGGUGUUCACCAGCCGCGCGCUCAAGGCACCCCAGAACCUUUUCCUGGUGUCUCUGGCCUCGGCUGACAUCCUGGUGGCCACGCUUGUCAUCCCCUUCUCACUGGCCAACGAGGUCAUGGGCUACUGGUACUUCGGCAAGGCGUGGUGUGAGAUCUACCUGGCGCUCGACGUCCUCUUCUGCACGUCGUCCAUUGUGCACCUGUGCGCCAUCAGCCUGGACCGCUACUGGUCCAUCACGCAGGCCAUCGAGUACAACCUGAAGCGCACGCCACGCCGCAUCAAGGCCAUCAUCGUCACCGUGUGGGUCAUCUCUGCGGUCAUCUCCUUCCCGCCGCUCAUCUCCAUCGAGAAGAAGGGCGGCGGCGGCAGCCAGCAGCCCGCCGAGCCGCGCUGUGAGAUCAACGACCAGAAGUGGUACGUCAUCUCGUCGUGCAUCGGCUCUUUCUUCGCUCCCUGCCUCAUCAUGAUCCUGGUCUACGUGCGCAUCUACCAGAUCGCCAAGCGCCGCACCCGCGUGCCGCCCAGCCGCCGGGGUCCAGACGCCUCCGCCGCGCCGCCGGGGGGCGCCGAGCGCAGGCCCAACGGCCUAGGCCCGGAGCGCGGCGUGGGCCCCGUGGGCGCCGAGGCCGAGCCGCUGCCUGUUCAGCUCAAUGGUGCCCCCGGGGAGCCCGCGCCGGCAGGGCCGCGUGAAGCCGACGCGCUGGACCUGGAGGAGAGCUCGUCGUCCGAGCACGGGGAGAGGCCGCCGGGGCCCCGUCGAGCUGAGCACGGCCCCCGCGCCAAGGGCAAGGCCCGGGCAAGCCAGGUGAAGCCCGGGGACAGCCUGCCGCGGCGCGGGCCGGGGGCGACAGGGCCCGGGGCGCCUGCGGCAGGGUCCGGGGAGGAGCGCGGCGGGGGCGCCAAGGCGUCGCGCUGGCGCGGGCGGCAGAACCGCGAGAAGCGCUUCACGUUCGUGCUGGCCGUGGUCAUCGGCGUGUUCGUGGUGUGCUGGUUCCCCUUCUUCUUCACCUACACGCUCACCGCCGUCGGCUGCUCCGUGCCGCCCACGCUCUUCAAGUUCUUCUUCUGGUUCGGCUACUGCAACAGUUCGCUGAACCCGGUCAUCUACACCAUCUUCAACCACGACUUCCGCCGCGCCUUCAAGAAAAUCCUCUGCCGGGGAGACAGGAAGCGGAUCGUGUGAGCGGAUCCGUGCCCCGCAGCCAGCGAGGACUGAGGGAGCGUCUAGGCAGGGCCCGCACUCUGAAAGCGGGUCCUGCCUUCUCCGCGUUUCCUGGCCCCGGCGUUGCUCUGCGGCUGCUCUUGCCUACUAGGGAAAAGUACUGCCCGGGAGGGUCACAAGUCCUCCAGUUGUUGAGCCAUUUGUGACUUGGGGCGAUCUUCCUGGGUUCUUGGGCUGCCCCUAGUCUGUAUUUUUCCUUGAAGGUGUUUUCACCUCCCCCGAGACCAGCUUCCACGGCAGUUCAAAGCAAGGACUGGACCCCAGAGGGAUGGCUCCCAAAGGGUUAAUGGAUGGGGAUCACCCAGCCCUGGCUAAUUGCUCUCCCUCAAGUUUAUUUUUAAACAAAUGCUCAGGGCAGCCCUGCCCACCCUCCUAUCCCCCACUGUAAAUAUACACUAUUUUUGAUAGUACACACAGGGGUCCCCAGUGUCGCCUGGCUUUGAUGCUGUUGGAGAUGCCUUGGCGCCAGACACAUUGUCUCUGGUUCAGGCAAGCCCCUCGCAAUGCACACCCCUUUCUGGAGUCAUUAUCUCCCUUUGUGUUCUUUUCACCAGCAACUGGUGACUGUCUCUUGGGCCAGGACCUGCUUUAAGAUUUCUUGAGAGGGAAAAGAUUUCUGUCCAUUUUUUUCCUGUGCCUAACAGCAUAAUUGCCUUUUGCUAUAUGUAAAUAUUACAAUGAUGGACCAAGACAGAAGUGAGUGAACCUUUCUGCCUUGCAGCCCUGUGUAUAAAGCCAUUCUCCUCUGAAGCACUCUUUGCCUCAGAAACUCACUUUAAAACUGUCUGUUUUCAGUGGCCCCACCUUCCCUUCCUCUGGGGCCACUGCUUGAAGACUAUAUCUGUUUCUAUCUGGUAUGUUUGUGCACGCCUCCCUCCCCAAAAGUGCUGACAGAGAGAUCUUUUCGCUCUUGUUUUUAGAUAGAGAAGUGGAAAUUAUGUGGAAGAGGCAAAGCUGAUACAAUUUGCCCAAGGUAAACAGUCUGAAAAGACAAAUGGGCCUGCCAGACUGUACAGUUCCUGCUCCAAGAGCUCUUAGGUAUCAAAGUGUUGUCCUUUUUCUCCCUGCUUUCUGGCUGAGAUCAUGUCACUGAUGAACUUUCAAAGUCAAGGGAGGAGGGCGGAGACCUCGUGUUUACAUACGAGUUUCUACAUGUUUUAGACAGAGACUCUUUAAGGCCUGUGCUCUUCACUAAAGAAAAACUAAUGUCAGCACAUGUUGCUAAUGACAGUGGAUUUUUUUUAAAUAAAAAGUUUACAGAUCAAAUGUGAAAUAAAUAUGAAUUAAAUG